UUUCAUUUUUGUUUUAUAUGUAAAUAUAUAAAAUAGGACAACAAUUUAACGAAUUUUUUAACGAUAUUCUGUGUAUACCGGAAUCUGAAUCACAUUUUUGAAUAACCUUUAUUAAAAUAUGGCCAAGUAUAUUGAUUCUAAAUCUACAAUUACAACUAUUUUGACAAUAAACAAUGUGCCUUUGACAUAUUCAUCAUCAUUCUUAGUGAUUAUUAUAAUGAUAAUUUCAACAACAAUAAUAACGAUAAUACCAACAUAUGAAAUGGCCAUCAUACCAACCCAACAACAAAGACAGAAUCGUUUUAAACUUGUUGUAUUUAGUUUUGAUGGUUUUCGUCCCGAUUAUAUUGAUAUAGAACGUACACCGAAUCUUUAUGCUGUCGCUAAAAAUGGUGUCCAAGGCGAAAUGCGAUCAACAUUUGUAACGAAAACGUAUCCAAAUCAUCAAUCAAUUGUCACUGGAUUAUAUGAACCAUAUCAUGGAAUAAUUAAUAAUUUAUUUAUCGAUAAUCAAGAAACAAAACAAUUAUUCAAUGUGAAUAAUAAUAGUAUCUAUUGGUGGGAUCAGAAUAAUAUUUCUGUGCCGAUUUAUAUUGCAAAUCAAUAUUAUGAACCAAAUCGUUAUAGUAUUUCAAUACAAUGGCCUGGAUCAAUAUCAAAUUAUACCGAUGGUUUUAAUUUCAAUCACCGGGAACGUGUUUAUUAUCUUGAAAAUUACAACGCAAAUUCUGAUUGGUUUCAUUUUAUUGAUCUUUUAAUGAAAUGGUUACUUGAUCCAGUAAAACCAGCAAAUGUUGCAUUUGUUUAUUUCCCUGAACCAGAUAAACAUGCACAUCAAUUUGGACCUUUCAGUGAUGAAGUUUAUGAACAAGUUAAACAAUUGGAUAAAGUAGUUGGAUAUUUUCGUAAACAAUUAUUAACAAAUCAUUUAGCACAUAUAACAAAUGUUAUUUAUCUAUCUGAUCAUGGUAUGGCUGAAAUUCGUUCUGAACGUUCAUUAUAUAUAGAUCGAUGUGAUGAAUAUUAUCCUGGAUUAAAAUAUGAAUUAUAUGGUUCAAGUCCAGUUUGGUCUGCGAUACCAAUAUCGGCACCUAAAUCAUCCAUAUCAAAUAAUCAAAAAUUAUCAUUAGCUGAAUCUGUUCGUGAUGCAUUGAAUAAUUGUAGCCAUGAAUAUUUUAAUGGAAAAUUCACUGCCUAUUUACAGGAAGAUAUUGCUGAUGAAUUUCAUUAUAAAAAUAAUAUUCGUAUAUUACCAUUAUUCAUUAUAGCUGAUGAAGGUUAUGAUAUAAACUACAAGGAUGAAGGAUGGCGGCCAAAAGGUUAUCCAAUAUGGGGUAAUCAUGGUUAUAAUGCAUCAUUGCCAUCAAUGCGUCCAUUAUUUUUAGCACAAGGUCCAAGAUUUAAAUUUCAAUAUCGUCAUCCAGUGCCAUUUGAAAAUAUUGAUCUCUAUCCAUUAAUGUUGAAUUUAUUGGAUAUUCCACAAAAAAGUUUUCCUCGUACAAAUGGUACAUUUGAACGUGUUCAUCAAAUGUUAUCGAAUCGUCUUUAUUUAAAUGAUAAUGAAUUUACAAUGGGUCUUUACGAUAUGUUUGAUCAUAAUGCCGAUCACAAUACAUGGAUGUUAUUAUUUCUUUAUUUAAUGACUGGAUUUUUAAUUCUAUUUAUGGCUGGUUUCUGUUUUGUAUGUAUUUCUGGACGAUUAGAAAAGAACUAUCUACGUAAUUCUAUUGAUUCAUCAUCAACUACACGAUCAAGAUUGACAAAUUAUUUACGAAAAAUUUCAUACGGUCAUCAUAAUAAUAAUCAAAUGUCUAGUUAUCGUAUGUUUGCCAAUGAAAGACCAACAUCACAUCUUGAUUCAUCGGAUGAUGAUGAUUCUGAUGAUGGUGGUGAAAAUGAAUUAUACAAUCGUCAUAAUCAUCAUAGUCAUCAGCAGCAGCAGCAGCAACAACAACAACAACAAUCACAAAAAUCAAAAAUAAAUCAAAAAAAUCAACUUACAGAUAUUGAUUGGGAUAUAUUGGGUACUGGGCUUGAUAUCGAUCUUGUUGGACAAUUGAAUCAAUCAUCAUCAUCAUCAUUGCAUAUUACGAAACGUAAUGAAUAUCUACAAGAUUCUAGUAAUGAUGAUGAUGAUGAUUACAUUAAAUCAUUGGAAACAAAAACGACAUCUACAAUGGCCAAACGAAAUGAAGCCAUUUCAUUGUUAAUUUCUGAUGCUGAUGACGAUGAUGAUGAUGAAAAUGAUGAAGAAAUUAAAGCAAAAAUUAAUAUAAAAGAAUAUGAAAAUCUAAUAUCCGAAUCCAUGAAUGUCAAUGAUGAUGAUGAUAAAAAAAUUGAUAAUAAAUUGAUUGAUAUUUAA